AGAACAACAAAGAUGCAGAUAAUUCUCAAAAUACAGUGUAGCGUGUUUUCCAAAUCCGUGAGUGGUGGGCUGAAGGUCACAAGAUCGCAAAACAGGUUAACUUCUGUAAAUAUCUUCAAUUAUUAUAAAGUCACCCGGCAUUUCCACCAUGUCAGCCAUCGCUCAUUGUCGUGCUUUGUUGUUGCUGGUAACUUAUCUGUGUUGUGAUGGUGUCCGAGGCGACGAUGUCAACUUGUUUUCAUGCACCACUAUCGACAACAAGAACUGCACCCACUUGAUUAACAGCACCGAACAUUUUCAGUUACCACCGAACGUGGAACUGUUGACGAAGAGCGUCUUCGAUGGGUACCCCGACCUGCUGGACGUCACCGGCACCCCUGGCGAACUGAAGUCACUAGAACCGGGAGCGUUUGAAGGUUUGCCCAAUUUGUUGAGAAUAUUCCUAGGUGGUAACAAACUGAAAAUCAUCCCCGACGGAGUUUUCAGCGAUUUGCCCAUUUACUACUUGUAUUUGGCUGGUAAUGAAAUCCACACCAUUAGCAACAACAGCUUUGCCAACAUGAAUAAACUGGAGGAAAUCUACUUGGACAAAAACUCCCUCAGCAAGUUCGACAGAAACUGGUUCCAAACGAAAUCGGCCAUCAGUUUCCUGAAAACCCUCAGCGUGCACCACAACAAAAUUAAAUCACUGGAAGCUGGCUCCUUCCAUAAUUGCCCCCAGUUAAACAGCAUCGACUUCAGCUUCAACGAAAUCGAGUACAUUUCCGACGACUUAUUCAACGACCCAUUAAACAUCGUAAAAUUUGACUUGUCCUUUAACAAAUUGACCACCCUCAGUCCUAACAUCCUGGCAAACGUCAACAAAGUGAACAAUUUCUACAUUUCAUUCAACUUCUUAAGAAACUUGAACUCAUCACUGCUGGACAACGUAAAAAUCAAGGAGAUCAGCAUGCAUCCAAACGAGUGGUUGUGUCCCUGCAUGAAGGAAGUCGAAAAACAACUCACCGACAAAUCCGUCAAGAUAAUAACAACGGAGAACUUCUUGAAAGGUCAAGACUUCAUUUUCAAGACCCAGUUUAGAACUGAGCCACCAACCUUGUCGGUGUGCAGCGAGACUUGGAAAGAAUGUCCGGAAGAACUGACCGAAGAACAAGCGGACACGAAUUUCCAUAAAAUUCUUGAAAAGGCCUAUGGUAAAAUUAACAUAAAAUGUGCCGAACAAUGUCCUGGAAAUAAAUUGUGCAAAUCCAACUUUUGUUGGUCGCCAAUUGUAAAUGGAUACUUCCAUGAAUAUGAUUCGAAAUAUUUUGUCUGGACUUUUAGUAUCUGAUUUGUAAUUGAUUCCUAAAAUAUAACUGCGUAAAUCAUG